AUCCCUUUCAACGGAUUGCUGAUUUAGAACAUCAGCUUUCUCUUCAUAUUCAAGAAAUUAACCAGCUUCGAAUUAGUAAAGUGUCUUCUGAUCAAGUAAUAAUGACUCUUUGUCAAGUGGUUAACGAUCUCCGCACUCAAGUCGCCGAGUUAAAGCAUCAAAUAGAAGUUCAACAAGUAUCUGAUUCUAUCCUUCCCGAAGAGUUUCUUUCUAACGGAAAUUCUUAG